GUCCGUCUCCAAGCUCCAAGGACCCCAGGAAGUGAGCCCUCACACCUCCAUCAUUGGUCAUGACCAGCCGGUUAUGCCUACCUCUCACUCCAAACUUCUCAGGCUUGAAACCAAAAUUUGGAGCUAUCCAAGUGGGUAUCUGCGUGGCGAUCCAGCGCAGCGAUGGGCGGACCCACCUUGCUGUGGUCACAGAGAUCAAACGAGAUGAGGCUUGGGUCACCGUAGAGUGGGUCGAAAAAGGAGCCAAAAAAGGCAAAAAGAUCAGUUUAGAAACCAUCUUCCUGCUGAAUCCCGCACUAGUCUCUGCUGAGUAUUCUAGACCUCCCAAGUCAUUACCCCCUCUGUCGCUAGCGCCCACUCCGGCCAUAGGAGACCAGAAUAAGGCAACACGGUGGAUCGCAAUGAUCCCCCAGAAAAAUGAAAUGCCCUCAGGGGAUAGUCCAACCUUGGGAAUCCCCAGCACUCCUUUCCUAAUGAAGCAAAAAAAAUCGCCCUGCUUAAGGGAAAUUGAAAAAUUACAACUGCAGCGGGAGAAACGCAGGAGACUGCAGCAGGACAUCCGAGCACAACGUGCCCUCAAUGCCAACACAGGAAACCCCAACUAUGAGAUCAUGCAUAUGAUCGAAGAGUACCGCAGACAUUUGGAAGGCAGCAAUCUGGCUAACCUGGAGCCCCGGGAAGAGCGUGGGAAGAUCUGUGUCUGCGUGAGGAAGCGGCCUCUCAACCAGAGGGAGGCUUCCCUGAAGGAUCUGGAUAUUAUCACCAUACCCUCAGACAAUGUGGUCAUGGUGCACGAGUCCAAACAGAAGGUGGAUCUCACACGCUAUCUGGAACACCAGGCCUUUUACUUCGACCACGCCUUCGAUGACAAGGCCUCUAAUGAGUUGGUGUACCAGUUCACCGCCCAGCCGCUAGUGGAAUCCAUCUUCCGCAAGGGCAUGGCUACUUGCUUUGCCUAUGGGCAGACAGGCAGUGGAAAAACACAUACUAUGGGUGGCGUGUUUGCAGGACAGAACCAAGACUGUUCUAAAGGCAUUUAUGCCCUUGUGGCACAGGAUGUCUUCCUCCUAUUUAAGACCUCAGCUUACCAGAACCUGAACCUCAAAGUUUAUGGAGCAUUUUUUGAAAUUUAUGGGGGCAAGGUCUAUGAUUUGUUGAACUGGAAAAGGAAGUUGCAAGUCCUUGAGGAUGGCAGUCAGCAAAUGCAGGUGAUUGGGCUGCAGGAGCAGGAGGUGUGUUGUGUGGAAGAUGUACUGAAUCUUGUGGAACUGGGGAACAGCUGCCGAACUUCAGGACAGACAUCAGUCAAUGCCCACUCUUCGAGGAGUCAUGCAGUAUUCCAGAUCAUUCUUAAGUCACAGGGAAAACUUCAUGGUAAGUUUUCCCUUGUUGACUUAGCUGGGAAUGAAAGAGGAGCAGACACUGCCAAGGCUACUAGGAAAAGGCAGCUCGAAGGAGCUGAGAUCAAUAAAAGUCUACUAGCGCUCAAGGAAUGUAUCCGGGCUUUGGGUCAGAACAAGCCCCAUACCCCCUUCAGAGCCAGCAAACUCACACAGGUGCUCCGGGAUUCCUUCAUAGGCCAGAACUCCUUUACUUGCAUGAUUGCAACUAUCUCUCCAGGGAUGGCCUCUUGUGAAAACACCCUCAACACUUUAAGAUAUGCAAAUAGAGUGAAAGAAUUAACUCUGAAUGUAAAGCCCCAACAUCCUUGUCUCUAUAGAGUUAGGCACAAGGUACCAAGAGUGUUAGAAAAUCAUAUCAGAAACUCAAAAAUGUCCCUCCAGAGGGAAGAAUUUACUAAAAUUUCUUCUUUACAAAAUGAAGAGGCAGAGACUAAUGAAAUUGAAACUUUGUCUAUGGCAUUAAAGAACAAAAAGGAUUCAUGGGAGAGAUCCAGUCAGUGGUCUGGGACCAACACCCAGGAAAGAGCUGAUAGGGUGAACUAUAAUGUUGAUUUUUGGAUUACACAGUUAUUGUCUGUUUUGGAUCAGAAAAUAGGUUUUCUGACCGAGAUUCAAAAGAAACUGAAAGUAUUACAAGAUGAUCUCAGAAACAAGAGUAAAUUGGAAUGAAACCAGUGGCAAGAGAUUAGAACUGAAGUGGGGGGUAUAUUGUCUUAGUUCCUACCUCUUAUGAAGAAAAAUAUGUCUAAAUUAUGUAGUCAUAAAGCACCUCCUAGAAAGCCUAAAACAUCUAAAAAUAUACUUGCCAGAAAUGCCUGA